CUUUAAGAGGCGCGACAGGAAGUGAAUUGCACUCUGUGUGCUGUGCUGAGUGUUCUCUGUCAGUAGAGCAGUCAGCUCAUUCCAACUUUGCUUGUUGUAUUUACUAGAUUGCCACCAGGUAACAGUAGCACCCUUACCAUGUCAGCCUAUAUUGAAGUUAAUGUCCAUGGCUAUGAGCAGUUCUGUCAGGAGGUGGAAAAACACAAGGGCACAACUGUAUUCGUUUAUUUCUCUGGAAACAAGAAUGCUGAUGGGGUGAGCUGGUGCCCUGAUUGUGUGAAAGCUGAGCCAGUUGUGCGCGGCGAACUGAAGAACCUGCCUGAAGGUGCAGUCUUUAUAUAUUGUCAGGUUGGAGAGAGACCUUACUGGAAAGACUCCAACAAUGAGUUCAAAAGAAAUUUAAAACUGGCCAGUGUGCCAACACUUCUUAAAUACGGAACGGCCCAGAAGUUAGUGGAAGAGGAAUGCCUUAAUGCCGAUCUUGUACAGAUGCUGUUUUCCGAAGAUUAACGUUUUACUUGAUAUGGGUUUAACUCUUUAAAUAUAGCUGUCUAUGAUUAAUCAGUAAAUUAGAUUAAUUCUCAGUUUAUACACUUCACAAUUGUACAGAUGUGAUUCAUAAUUGAAAAUACUGUGUUAAAUGUAGAAGAGGGACAAGUAAUUCCUUAUGUGGCAAUACUAUCACAUUUUGUAAUAAGCACUCUAAAUAGCUAAGUACCGUCUGCGGUUUCAAGUUAAAUGUUUGUUUUACAUGGUUUUGAAACCAUAACUUUGUAAUUCCAUAUGUCAAUUAGCAUUAAAAGGAUGUUUGUAUCAGUCUUA